AUGGGUCGUUCUCGUCGGUGGGAGAGAUUUUCGGAUUCCAUUGGACAGCUACCGCCCGCCUCAAGCUGGGCAGCCCCCAGCCAGUUAGGAGAAGAACUACACAUUCUUCUGGCAGAGGAAGAGCUCCAACGAACCACGCCAACACGGGUGGGCUUCGCAGCGAGAACCAGCCUGCUGAAUAAUGUAGAACCAAGCAGCAACGGCUCCGAGAGACUCCGUACUCUCUGCCUCAACACCACCGCAGGCCCUGUUACCCUCAUCAGCGUGUAUGCUCGAACACUCUCUGCCACACCGGACACCAAGGAUGAGUUUUAUGACAAGCUACCAACCACCAUCAGCAGUAUCCCCAGAAAGGAACAGCUUCUUCCCCUGGACGACUUCAACGCCAAAGUGGGUGAUGAUCAUGACUCUUGGCCUUCGUGCCUUGGACAGUUUGGCGUCGGCAAGGUAAACGACAACGCCCAGAGUCUGCUUGAGCUAUACACUUACCACAACUUGUGCAUAGCCAACUCAUUCUUCAGGCUCCAGCACAAGGUCUCCUAG